AUGGGUGUGCUCAUGGGUGUGUUCUUCCCUUGUAUACAAAACAUCUUCGGUGUGCUAUUCUUCAUUCGAAUGACGUGGAUCGUUGGCACCGCGGGCAUUGUUCAAUCGUUUUUCGUUGUUCUCGUUUGUGUUUCUGUGACGUUCCUCACCUCGAUUUCUCUGUCGGCAAUCGCCACUAACGGGGUGGUAUCGGGUGGAGGGCCGUACUACAUGAUCUCCCGUAAUCUUGGACCUGAACAGUAUACCCCUCCUCGCGGUGCUGUUGGUAUUCUGUUCUAUCUUGGGAAGCCGAACAGUAGGCCGCCUCUAUGUAUCUGA